UAAUAACCCCCCAAGAUGCGGUCAAUUCUCAAAAAACCAAAAGAGAGCUCGUUCCAAAAAGUCUCUGAAUCCUGAACCUCCCCUAAAAUUCCCUGUUCCACUUCCUUAAGACCUGCCUCUUCCUCCUCUCCUUCCAAAAAGUCUAAAUGGCUGGUAGUCCUAAAGGUGAUCUGAUGCGGUCACAGUGGAGUAAGGACAGAGAAUAGUACGUUUACCAGAAGGCCAAAGUCGAGACUAAAGUAAGUCCAUUAAGGCUUUUCCAACUUGUUGAACCAUUACUUCCAGUGGGCAUGAAUAGUCUAGAAUGCCAUAAACCAGCUAGCUUGAAUAGGGGAAGUUUAGAGGCUGAGAAUUGAAGCUUAGUGGGGAGGAAGCAAGAGACAUAGUGGUAUUGGCAUUCAAAUAAAAUAUUAUUUACCAACUCCAAACACUUUAACAGAAACAAUUUAUAUAACUCCACUAACUCCUAAAGCAA